AGCUUCUGCGGCCUGGAGCCCAUGGGGCCGCUCUGGGCUUUGCAGCCCCAGAAGCCCUUCAGGCGGCUGGUGAAGCGGGACGUGCAGAGCCAGCCGGAGCGGGCGUUCCUGCGGGUCGGGAUGCGGAGAGUCCCGGUGCGAGAGGGGAGGAUCCGGGCGACUCUUUUCCUGCCCCCCGGAAAUGGCCCCUUUCCCGGAAUUAUUGACUUGUACGGAACUGGAGGAGGACUCCCUGAAUACAGGGCAUGCCUGCUGGCCAACUAUGGCUUUGCUGUGCUGGCUCUGGCUUUCUAUGGCUAUGAAGAUCUCCCCAAAGACAUGAAGGAAUUUCACCUGGAAUAUUUCGAAGAAGCCGUAAACUAUAUGUUACAACACACCCAGGUUAAAGGCCCAGGGAUUGGUUUGCUUGGAAUCUCGAAGGGGGGUGACCUGUGCAUCUCCAUGGCCUCCUUCCUAAAGGGCAUCACGGCCACUGCCCUUAUCAAUGGCUCGGUGGCAAAUGUGGGCGCGGUUCUCCGCUACAAGGAUGUCACCAUUCCACCCCUUGGUGUCGAUGCAAAACGAAUCAAGGUCAACAAGUCUGGGAUUGCUGAUAUCGUUGAUGUUCUGAACAACCCACUAGAAGGGCCUGACUGCCAAAGCUUUAUCCCUCUGGAGAAGGCCGAGUGUCGCUUCUUGUUCAUUGUUGGCCAGGAUGAUCGCAACUGGAAAAGUGAAUUCUUUGCAGUUGAGGGGAGCAAACGUUUGCAAGCUCACGGAAAGGAAAAGCCCGACAUAGUCUGUUAUCCCGGAGCAGGGCACUACAUUGAACCCCCUUUUUUCCCGAUGUGUGCAGCCUCAAUGCACCUGCUAGUUGGCAAGCCCGUGGUGUGGGGAGGGGAGCCCAAGGCACACUGUGAGGCACAGAUAGAUGCUUGGCAGCAGAUCCAAGCUUUCUUCCUCAAACACCUCACAGGCAAGCCAUCUGUAACAUCCAAUAAGCUGUGAUGUGAGUUAGGUUACUUUACAGAUGAAGAUGCUGGUGUUUCAAGUUUAUUUCGUCAAAUGGCUCUGAGUCAGAACCAAGAACACCAGAGAAUAAGCAUGGGGUUUCUUGAAGGAUGAUGCGAGAGCAUGAGACCUGCUUCCUUUUAACACCCUUCUCUAAUCUCAGUUAGAGGUCUUGCCCUCCUGUUGUGUGUGGUGUGGGAUUACAAACUGUAGAAUGAUGGUGGUAAGGCUGGGUCUGCUUUGAAUGUGAAUUUAAGUGGAAGGUAACUCAUCCAAACUGAGAACUGGGAUGAAAAGUUGCCUUGGCUUUCUCAGAGGCAACAUGUUGUAUGUCAUUGCCCUUACCAGAGCCACCUUUGUGCUGUAGUUUUUCUGGAAGCAGCUGUUCUCUGUUCCUUGCCUCCAGUAAUCUUUCUGUUCUUCCUGUGUGCUUCCCUCUCCUUCCUUGCUCCUUCCUCUUCUCCCACAUCACUGAAACGCAUCUGCCUUAACACUUAAUAUCUAAUAUGUCACUUAACCAAAAGCAGCAAUACUGUGCCUGCAUCCUCAGAUAACGCAUCUUCCAUUUUUAGACAACAAUAGUCCCUAGCCUGAUGUGACAUUCUGGGCACAUGCAAUGGAAAUGAGACAUUUGUUCGGUUUGGGAAAGUUUGUAAGCAUGAAGAACCAACAGAAUUGGAGCCCUUGGUAGUCAUGCCUGGGCCACCUGCUCAGCAGGGCUGGGUAUCCCUGUGUAGGCCCAGAGCGCUGUUGGAAGGCAGUUUCUCCCUGUACGUUCCCUUAAUGCCUCCACAGCUGCCUGCUUGCAAGCGCUACCAAAAAGGGCAAGGCUGUGAAGCUGGCACGGCAGCUCCCUGAGGCAUC